AUGCACUCUUUGGUCUUCCUAGUCGCGGCAGUGUACCCCGUCGUUGCCCACCGCUACGCCCUCAAAGACGAGAUUGUCGGUGAAAAGUUCUUUCAUUCUUUCAGACACGAGUCUAUUCCAGAUCCCACUCAUGGCCGCGUCGAAUAUGUAGACGAUAGGACAGCACGACAGCUGAAUCUAUCGUACGCGACAGAAGAUCAUUUCAUUAUGCGUGCCGACCACUCGACUCGGCUUGACUCCUGGAGCACAGGGCGCAAGUCUGUCCGCAUUCUCUCGAACGAUGCGUACUCCCACGGUACUGUCUUAGUCGCGGAUAUUGAACACAUGCCCACUGGAUGUGGAACAUGGCCCGCAUUUUGGACCGUUGGCGACACCAACUGGCCAUACAAAGGAGAGAUCGAUAUCCUGGAGGGGGUCAACGACGUUUCGCCCAACAUGGUCUCCCUACAUACUUCGGAAGGGUGCAAACAGCCAUCACAACGCGCCCAGAAAGGAUCCUCGGUCAACCGUGAUUGCAAUGCAUUCGUCAACUACAAUUCAGGCUGCAAUUCAAAGGUGAACAAUCAAUUCUCCUAUGGACCGUCGUUUAAUGCAAUGGGCGGUGGAUGGUAUGCCCUCGAGCGCACUCGAAAGGAGAUUAAAGUCUGGUUCUGGCCGAGAAAUGAUGCAACUGUUCCUGCCGAAGUCGCCAGUCGCUAUCAUCACUCGCGCGGCCUUAUCCAAGCUCCUAUAGUCGGCGACAUUCCGCUGGGUGGCCAUCAUCAUCAUCCCGACACGAUCCAUAUCGACACAUCAACCUGGGGCGUACCAGAUGCACUCUUCGUCGAUGACCAAUGUGAUAUCCCAAGUCAUUUCAAGGAACAUCAUAUUGUCAUCAAUCUGACGUUCUGUGGCGAUUGGGCUGGAGAAUUUUUUACAUAUCGCGGUUCUGGAUGUCCUGGAAGCUGUGUUGAUUAUGUAAACUCGAAUCCAGAGGCGUUCAAGGAUGCGUAUUGGGAUAUCCGGGGGAUCCGUGUCUUUGCAAAGCCAGAGGAGGAAGAAAAUUAUCAAGACUGGUUUGUGAAGCGUACAUAG